AUGGAACAGGCCUCCUCAUGGCGCCUAGGUCCGCUUUCAGUGCGGCGCCCACAACCUUUCACAAGACGAUCAGCCGAUGACAAUGCACCCAUCACGAGCCUCAGUAACGAAACUGGCGAAGCCGGUGACAGCCCCAAGACUCCACGAUUCAAUCUCAGCUUCAGCCUACCACCUCUUCGAAUCGACAGAAAUGAGGGAAUUGAUCAAGGCAUUUCUCCUCAAUUCAACCAGCGAUAUAUGAUACCGAUUGCUGCGUCUCGAGCAGGCGAAGUCGAACACUCUCCUUCGAUGCGAUCAAACGCGCCGAUGUCGCCGGUUCAUUUGGCUGGAAAUAGAUGGCCCGACGCGCGUGGGUCGGACGGCUACGCACAGGAAUCGAGAGCUUUAGAAGGAGGGGACCGACAAUAUCGACGCUCCAGACAACCAGGACGAAGGACGUGGCUGGGCCUCAGGCAGCCCGGCCAUGCUGGCACUCGACCGAAACGCUUUUUGUUCUGUUUGCCGCGGACCGCCUCACAACGUGCUCGGUCCCUGGCUGUGCAGUGCUUCGUCUCAGGGUGUCUGGUGAUCAUGACUUUAACUGUUUAUCUGGCCUUGACUGUCUCUGGAAAGAUCCAGCAGAGCGAGUUCACGGUACUUCUCAUAUUGAUGAUACUCUUUGCCGCCGUCUUUUUCAGUCACAGAGUGGUCCGGCUCUGCCUGCUAGUGUAUCGGCCGCAGCCAGAGCAACCAGUGGCUCAUGAAGAGCAGCAUCUCGGGAUCUUUGCGGUGCCGGAAGAGCCGAUUCGAGUAGUCCUGGCACGGGACGAAGAAGAGGGAUCCGAAGUUGGACAGCAAGCCAUCAAGAAACCAAAGCCGCCUCCGUACGGUGCCUGGCGGCAGAGUGUGAUAUGCUUGAAGCGAGUCGACCCUGAUCGCAUCUACUGGCAGCGCAACCCGAACGCGGUAUUGAAUGAGCCACUGCCUGCUCGAGGCGACUCAAGAACGACAGAGAUGGGGAAUCCAGGCGCUUCUCGACCGCCCUCAUAUGCUUCAGAGGAUGGAGUUGACUAUGUUGUGGAGGCUAGGCCUCGCUCCAUAGCACCUGCCGCAAUGAUGGAAAUGCCCACGCCUCUGACCAUCCACCCCUCGGAAGUGGGGCGGCUGAAUGGAAGGCAAGCUCCGUGGUGA